AUGCAAAACAACCAUUAUAACGAUGGGGGCCUCGGGGGAAGGCGCUCACCUUCAGCGGGAGCUGCUGGUUAUCAAGCAGAUCAAUACUAUGACGACCGUGGAGGACAUAAUCUAGGCCCCUAUAGCAAUGGCUCACAGGGUCAGCGUUAUCAAUCAGACUACUCAAACGAAAGGCUGUAUAUGCAAACGCCGCAAACGAUAACGCAGACAUCGAGCCCCGUGCCAUACUAUCAGCAUCAACAAGACCACGCCGUCAACCCCCAGCGGAUACACGACCAAGGUGAAUUUUUCGACGGCUACAAUCAAGGGCACCCUCCAUCGGACCAUCAAGCAUUCGAUGACGAUGGUCAGCCACUGAUGCAAGAUCAGCUUCGCUAUUCAGACAACCCUCGACAUCACACCCAGACUCCAGCUGGAGGAAUCAAACGAUGGAAAACGGUUAAACAGGUCUUGUUGUACCGUGGCAACCUCGUUCUGGACUGCCCCGUUCCUCCCAUUUACUUGAAGCAGAAUACUCACAGCCCACACCGCGACGAGUUCACUCAUAUGCGAUAUUCCGCCGCCACGUGCGAUCCUUCAGACUUCUACAACCAGAACUUCACCCUUCGUCAAAAGCUUUUCAGCUCGCCUCGCCACACUGAACUUUUCAUCGUCGUGACCAUGUAUAACGAAGACGAUAUCCUCUUCGCUCGUACCAUGAUUGGUGUGUUCAAGAAUAUAGAGUACAUGUGCAAUCGCCCAAACAGUAAGACCUGGGGCAAGGACGCGUGGAAGAAAAUCGUGGUUUGUGUGGUGAGCGAUGGGCGUGCCAAGAUCAAUCCACGGACCAAGGCUAUUUUGGCAGGCAUGGGUGUUUAUCAGGAGGGUAUUGCGAAACAGCAAGUCAACGAGAAAGAUGUGACGGCGCACAUUUACGAGUACACCACCCAGACCCACUUGCAGCUCAAGAACGACGUGGUUUCUCUGGUCCACAAUCGGCAGCCGGUGCAAAUGCUCUUCUGCCUCAAGGAGAAGAACCAGAAAAAGAUCAACUCACAUCGUUGGUUCUUCCAGGCGUUUGGCCGCGUUCUGGACCCCAACAUUUGCGUCCUGAUCGAUGCUGGUACACGCCCUGGAGGCAAUUCCAUCUAUCACCUGUGGAAAGCCUUUGAUUUGGAGCCCAUGUGCGGCGGAGCAUGCGGUGAGAUCAAGGCCAUGUUGGGCACGGGCGGCAAGAACCUUUUGAAUCCGCUAGUGGCCACACAAAACUUUGAGUACAAGAUGAGCAACAUUCUCGACAAGCCUCUUGAAUCUGCCUUUGGAUUCAUAUCAGUCUUGCCUGGUGCCUUCUCAGCUUAUCGCUACCUUGCCCUGCAAAACGACAAAAACGGAAAGGGCCCGCUAGAAAAGUACUUUUUGGGUGAGACUCUGCAUGGUGGCAGCAACGCCGGACUUUUCGAGUCAAACAUGUACCUGGCCGAGGACCGAAUUCUUUGCUUCGAAUUGGUCACCAAGCGAAAUUGCCAUUGGAUUCUUCAAUAUGUCAAAUCUGCCACGGGAGAGACUGAUGUGCCCGAUACUGUAACGGAACUGGUUCUCCAACGUCGACGAUGGCUGAACGGAUCUUUCUUCGCGGCCAUUUAUGCCAUUGCUCAUUUCCAUGAAUUCUUUCGUUCGGAUCACUCCUUUUUCCGGAAAUUGGCCUUCUUCGUCGAAUUCGUCUUCAACACAAUUAAUAUGAUCUUUGCGUGGUUUGCCAUUGGCAAUUUCUUCCUAGUUUUCAAGAUUCUCACGACGAGUCUCGGCUCCGACGACCUACUGGGAAGAACAGGAGAGAUUCUAAGCGUCGUGUUUACUUGGCUCUAUGGCGUAUUCUUGAUGACUUGCUUCGUGCUCUCCAUGGGUAAUAGACCAGCUGGUUCUGGCAAAUUGUACACAGCCAUGGUGUGGUUCUGGGCUGGCAUAAUGAUAUACUUGAUGUUUGCCGCCGUCUUCAUUGCGGUCAAGGCCAUUAUCAAAGACGUUAAUAGCGGCACAGCCUUCAGCAUCAGCCAACUAUUCAGGAAUCCAGUCUUCUACACGCUCAUUAUUUCCGUCAUGUCCACUUUUGGUAUUUGGCUCAUUGCCUCGAUCAUCAUGUUCGACCCGUGGCACAUGGUUACUUCGUUCAUACAGUACAUGUUGCUUACUCCUACCUACACAAAUGUCCUGAACGUCUACGCUUUUUGCAAUACUCACGACGUUUCGUGGGGUACGAAAGGUGACGACAAAGUGGAAAAGUUGCCUUCUGUCAAUACCAAAGACGGCGAGGGCAAGACGGAUCUUCCUGACGAGGGUGAUUUGAACGCCCAAUAUCAACGCGAGGUUGAUUUAUUCAGCACAAAGUUCAAGGCAGUCAAGACGCCGCCGUCUGCUGCCCAGUUACAGGAAAAGCAAAUGGACUACUACCGAGGUGUACGAACAGGUGUAGUGUUGAUUUGGAUGAUUACCAACUUUGCUUUGGCUGCGCUGGUUCUCAGCUCGGCUGGGCUGGAGAAGAUUACGCCCGGAAGCGGCAACCGUCAACAACAAGCAUUGGAGCGAUCCAACAUCUACAUGACCAUUGUGCUCUGGAGUGUGGCGGUACUUAGCGGAUUCAAAUUUCUCGGCGCCAUGUGGUUCCUGGUUGUGAGGAUGUUCAGAGGAGUUUAG